UAAUAUUAAUAAUAACAUAUAUUUAACUUCAAAAACAUGGGACACGAAUAAUUAUCUUACUCCAACAUUUAAGGUAAAAAGGUUCCAUGUAUUCAAAACGUAUGCAUUCUUCAUUGAUGAGGUUAAAGAAAUAUAUAAAAGCAAAUUAAAAGGAAAUACUAGAUCAAGUACGAUUAGUGAUAAAGUUGUUGCAGUAAAAGAUACAAAAAAUUGUAAAGAAACAUUGAACAAGAGUGAAAAUAAUGAUUUACACAAGUCAAAACCAAAGUAUCCUGAAAAAAAUUUAGAAAAAAAGGAAGAAAUCACGGAAAAUAAAAAAGUUAAAUUAAGAGCUACAAAUGUAACACAAGAAAAGGAACAGAAUAAUUGA